UCGACAACAUUAUUAUCUUCUAUUUUUAUCUGAAAAAUGUUCAAGAGAAGACGGACGAUGUGUUCUAUCAUUUUGUAAAUAAAUUCUCGGCUUUUUUUUGAUUAUUCCUAAAUAACGAAAUAAUCUAUAGAUUAUUUUGAUAUAAUCUGUUUACAUGUAAUUCUAUUAGUGAUCAUUAAUUUUGUGCCUUGGUUUACGUAUCGGCAAAAUAAAAAAGCAAGUGAAAUUUUGUACAGAGAUUGUAUCAAUCUGUCAGCAAUGAACAAGAAGAAAAAUGUCUUGAAUUUGUAUCUGGAGAAGAUUUUCGAGAACAACAUAGCUCUGAAAGACAAUGACAUUAAACUGUCGCAAGAGGUAUUUAAAAGUGUAUUUGACCAAGUGAAGCAGAGAAUGGAGAAAAAAUGCAACUAUUUUGCAAAAUACAGCAGCCAGGUGAUGUUUGCCGGCAGCGUAUACGACGGUAUCAAGGUAUCCAAACUUGACGAGUUCGACAUGGACAUCGUGAUCAGACUGCCUAUCAGUUAUGAUCAUGGAGAAAAUGGCAUUAUCUUGGAGAACGAAGACCCUGGGUUCGUCAAAAUGAAGAUAACGAAUCCUUUUGACAACCUAGUCAGACAACCCGACUGGGAAAAUUGUCAUAAAGUUACACACGACUGGCGUGACGAUGAGAAAUACUUCUUGCAGAAUAAAUUUAGACAUUGGAUUCAGGGGAUUGUCUCAAAAGCUCUUUACGACAUGGAGAACAAAGUGUGUGUGAAUGGCGUUUCGUAUGUGUUGAAAUACACGCAAUCGGGGCCGGCGUAUACGCUGAAGAUACGGGCGGAGGAGGCGAAAGAUCCAUUCACUCUUGAUGUGGACUUGGUGCCAGUGAUCAGGUUUAGACACCCCCGUUGGCCGAAAGGAUACAGAGAACCCUUGAACUGUGAAAUAAAAGACUGGCUGUUGGUGCCCAAACCCAACAAAGCCGUCAAAGAAGCGUCCCUUCAGAAUCGCUGCUGGAGGCUUUCCUUCCAAGAGUUCGAGAAAGACAUGAUGAAAGGAUGCCAGAACCUAAAGAAAACUAUUCGACUGGUUAAGAAACUCCGCGACGUCCUCCGAAUGAAAUAUAUCGCCAGUUACUACAUAAAGACUCUAUUUCUUUGGAAAAUUUCUGAGACAUCCAAAAAGUAUUGGGAGACCACACUGAGUGUUUUGUUCCAAACAAUGGUGGAGAUACUUCGGGAUGCCAUUCAACAAAAAACUAUACAGUACUUCUGGAACAAAGAUCACAAUUUAAUUAAGGAGCUAAAGGAUUCUCUUAGGGACGAAUAUGUAAGUAAACUGAACCAAGUUUUAACGGGUAUUGAGAACAACGAUGUGGACAAGGUGUUACCAGGUUUGUUGACUACAGAAGAAUUGGUACAGUUUAAGAAAUACGAUUUUUAUCAAAAGCAUAACGCUGCGACUCCGGCCAACAGAAGUGUCAAGCCUGCUCCGGUAGACCGGGAGCUUAUUGAAACUUUGAUUAAGAAAAUGGAUGAUUUAUCAACGAAAGUUAAUUAUAUCGGAGAUGAAAUAAGCAAGCUGAAAGUAGGGAACGAACUCAAGGAGGAGUUCCUAUGUCUUGUAGGAGACUUAGAUGAAAUAUCCGAUGAGGUGGAAGACUUGGGUUUUGAUACUUACAACCCGAAGAGGAUCAAGAAAAUGGAUGGCUCGAAAGCGUCUCCUAAAGGAAAUUAACCUGAAACAGAAUGUUAUUUCAAUAUUAUUCAAUUUAAUUUUAUGAUAGGUAUUCAUAUAGAAAAAGGAUCUAACAAUUAUGUGUACAUUUAAAAUUGCAUUUUCUUUUUUCAUAUCGUUACUGGGUCAUAUAGCAAAAAUAUAAAAUACGUUUCACUGUAGGUAAAUAUUGUACAUCCCCAACGCAGCCUCCUUUUAAAGGAGUAGAGUUUCAAAAAUAAUACCAAAACCUCAAAUAAAUUGUCCAAAUAAGUCUAAAUCAAAAGUGUGAAUCGUUUUUCGUUAUACAAGUUUAACCAAAUCUUGGUUCCAAAGUUGUUUUCAUUUUGUAGUAUAAAAAACUGUGAAGUGGGAAAUAUAGGGAAGAAAUCAAUAAAUCAAUUUUAAUGUAAUUUACAAUGUGAGCGUAAACAUAAUGUAUUAGCUUGAAUUAUUUUGAUAGAAAUUGAAUAAAUAAAUAUUUUCAUUUUU